CCGCGCACCGCGCCCGCCCCGGCCGCCGACGCGGCGGGGGGCCUCCACCGGGCGCCGGCGCUGCUGCCCGCGGCACUGCCGGUGUCGGCUCCCUCGCUGCGGCCCCGCGCGGACUUCGGAUCCGGCCUCAAGUGCUCCGACUUCGACGCUGUCAGGCACCCCCGGGUGGCGCAGCUGCGCCGCCCGUUCGGCGGGGCGCCGCUGCCGCCCACGACCGGGCAGCUGGGGCAGGCGAGCGAGGGCGGCGACGACGAGGUCGUGGACCUGCCGGACGAGGCGGAGGCGGUGGCCUCGCUCGAGGCGGGCCCGCCGCAGAGCACCGCCCCGCGCCCGGUGCCCAUCGACACCGCGGGCGGCGCGGCCCAGCCUCCGACGCUGGACGUCACCGUCGAGGUGCCGACCUCGGCGUCGCUGCUGGCGCAGCCGCCGCGGGAGUGGCAGGAGGGGGUCGGCGCGGCUGUCGGCGCAGCCGCCCCCCAGCCGUCGUUCCCAGGCGGUGCUGCCGGCCCGCCGAUGCAGCUGGGUUCGGCCGCCAGCCCGGGAAGCUGGACGCUCGGGCUUGAUGACCCUGCGGAGGCUCCUGCGGCCGCGGCCUCGCCCCGGCACGCCGCGGCCUCGCCGGGCACGCCGACCACACCGCCGCACACGCUGCCGGUGGCGGUCUCGCCGCUGGCGGCCGCCCUCGCUGACCAGGCCGCCGCGGAGGAGGUGCCCCUCUGGUCGCCGCCGCACCCGCCGGCCUCGCCGCCGGGCACGGCCGCAUCGGGGGCGGCGGCGCCGCUGCCGAGCGCCGCGUGGGGGGCGUCGGCCCACGUGGGCGAGCAGCUGAGGCUCUUGGGGUUCCCAGACCACCAGGUGGUGGAGGCGACGAGGAGAUGCAGCACGAUCGAGGCCGCAGUCGAGUGGAUAUUCCGGAGGAGCAGAAGUACAGCCAAGAUCUUUACAUGAGGCCACUUGGGGCUCGGGAGGUGCUCGGGUGCUCGGGCCGUUCCUCAGAGCGACCGUCUAGGAGAUAUAUGCGUGCACGGUAGGUGUAUGUAUGCUUACGGUCAGACGUGUUGGCACAAUUUCUUGACCGUGCAGUCAAG